UCUGUACUCUAAUCUAACAGCAGUCUAUAUUAUUACUUUUUAUUGUAAAUUAAGAAUAAUCAUUAAAAUAAAGUAAUGUGAGUUCGUAAUAUAAUCACUAUUUUAAACUUCCCGCUAAGAAAAUUGCAAAUUUUCAAAAAAUAGAAGUUAUUGGUUGCGGUCCGAUUUUCGAAAAUCGAGUUUUCAUCAGAUGUCGACGUUUUGAGGUCCUAGGAAGCUAUUCUGACUAUUCCCGGAUGGACGUCCAUGUGUAUGUUUUACCGGCCUACCAAAUUUUUGAGCUCGAAGAAGUAUUAACCCAUAAGAACAAUGGAUUAAGUCCCGUUGUUAAAAGAAAAAAAUUGUGGGUUACCUCACUUGCAAUAUGUAUUUCGAUAAUAACUGCCGAAAAUUUGAAUGGCAUAAUAAAACACUCACCUGGAAAUGAGUUAAAUUGUACGACUCGAGAAUGUGUAAAGGAUAAUUUGAUAUUCGAACUGGCUUUGCUAUAUAAUAUGGACGUGAGCGUCGACCCAUGUGACAAUUUUUAUGAAUUCGCUUGUGGUAAUUUUGAUAACGUCCCUGUUGAUUAUUUACACCCUACAAGUAGUUAUUUUGCAAAAUCUAAACUCAGUUUAUACUAUGAAAUUUAUAAUUUGCUGAUGCGUCAAAAUCGAGUGCACUCACCCAAGCAAUUGAAUUUCGUAAAAGAUUUCGUCACCUCUUGUAGAAAUUUGAACCGCAAUAACAAUGAUGAGUAUCCUGGGAUCAAAAAAGACAAAUUAGAUUAUUUAUUUGAAAUAAUAUCCAAAUUGGGCGGAUGGCCUGUUAUCGAUGGCCAUGAAUGGAGCAGCACUGAUUUUAAUUGGGCUGACUUAAUAUACAAAUCAAACAGUCUUGGUGCCGAUUCAAAUCAUUUCAUGAGAUUAUAUCAUGAACUAAACAAAAGAACACGAAUUUCUUUGCAUGUACCAGAUUUCGAAUUUUCAUACAAAGAGAUAGAUAAUUAUCAGAAUAGUUCAAUAAUUGAUGCUUACCAUAAAUAUAUGGUUGAUGUUGCUAAAUUCCUUGGAGCCAAUGAAACACUCGCGAAAACAGAACUCAUGGAAUCAUUAGAACUUGAAUUGAAACUCAUCAACAUCAGCAGUAACAAUAAUAUAUCGUCAAAAAAUGUAGAUAACACUAAGGGAAUGUCGGUAAAGGAAAUAAAAGAAAAGUGGCCAAGUAUAAAAUGGGAGAAAUUGUUAACUUUGGAAAUGGAAGCGCAGAAAAAAUUUUGUUAUUCAAAUGAAUCGAUCAUUUUCAUAGAAAAUCAUCAUUAUAUAACAGAAUUGGAAAAAUUAAUGAACGAAACUCCUAAAAGAGUGCAAGCCAAUUACGCUGUAUGGAAGACUAUUCAAACUUUAGUUCGACUUGUCGAGUCUAUAACUCUACAUAAGCUUUGGUUCGAUUACUCUACUAUCAGAAGCCCAUCAGCUGCCUAUCGUGAUGUUAAUUGUUUUGGAUCACUUGAAAAUUUAUUGCCAGAUCUGCUGCUCUUUUACUAUAUACGUCAUCACCCGAUCGAUGAACGUGUCAAAAGUUAUGCGAAUCAGAUGAUUGUAGAUAUGAAAAAAAAAUACUUAGAUACUUUAAAUAGUACUAAUAGGUUGGAUGUUAAGACCAAAGACAAACUAACGACGGAAACAAAUUCUUUAAAACUUAUUGCUGGUUAUCCUGACGAAGUUCUUGACGAUAAAAUACUGGAGGAAUUUUAUCGAGGCCUAGAAAUUACUGAUGACAAUUUAUUGAAGAAUUAUUUGAACUUAAAUUUUUUCAGAGAAAUAAAAUCUUCGGAAUUGAUAAGAAAUCUAAAUCAUUCAUAUACUCUGUUGAAUUUAUUAAAACUAUUAGAUCCAAUUGAUUACGUAGCUUAUAACUUUUACAAUUUGAAUACUAUUGUUUUAGGUAUCGAAUCACUCAGAAAUUUUGAUUUCAGUAUUAAUCGUCCAGAUCACAUUAACUUUGGUACGCUUGGAACCACUAUUGGACAUGAAAUAGGGCACAGUAUUUAUGAGUCUAACAAUGCUGUUAAUAAGUUCGGAAUAAAAGACAACGGAUGGAGUAUUUUGGCAGAUAAAAAAUUUAAGGAAACAGAAGAGUGCUUUAUUGAACAAUACUCGAAUUAUUCUUAUGGAGUAACUGGAGAAAAACUAAACGGUUCAAUGUACCUGCAAGAAAAUAUUGCUGACAAUAUUAGUAUAAAAGUUGCGUAUUCGGUCUACCGAAACUGGGUCAGAAAAAAUGGACCUGAGCCAACUUAUUCUAGCUUGCCUUAUAAUUCGAACCAAUUGUUUUGGCUAUCCUACGCGAAUACAUAUUGCACAUCAAAGUCAUCAUUGAAUGAAGUAGAUUCGACCGAUAACCAUGCUCCGUACGAUAAACGUGUUAAUGGGCCGCUUUCAAACGCCCCAGAAUUUUCGACAGAUUUCAAAUGUCCAUUAGGCCGUAACAUGAAUCCUGUUAAAAAAUGUAGCGUAUUUUAAUAAUAACUAUCAAAAUCUUUUAUUGGGUUUGCAGGCAAUUUUCAAUCGAUUUCAUCAAUUGAAAUCAUCAAGAGACAGCGUCGUGUCUCAAGUUAAGUAUUCAUCAAACAGAUUGUGUGCGAGAACUUUGACCGUGUUCCUAUACCCGAACCAACCAUCGAUUUGUUGAUAUUGAAAAUGCUAAGUUAAAUUAUAACUAAUCUAUUGAAAUUGUAGUUAAAAUGGCCUCAGAUACGCCUUGUAAAUAAAUGAUUCGCCUUCGAUUUCGACUCUGAUCAAAUUAUUUACUCCAGUUCCUAAAAAA